AUGCUAGCAAAGCCGAACUUCUUACAUGUCCGCCUACGUUUGCCUUUCUCAGAAUUUGCGCUUCCGAAUCUUAAAUACUCAACUUCUUCAAACACCCUUUUGAACGCCGGCGCUAAAACAAACAAAUUCUUGAUUUAUUGUAACACCCAGAUCGCACAUAAUGGCCGAAACGGAAACAUUAAAGAAGCUGAAUCCGUUUUCAACCGUAUGCCCACCAAAAAUAUCGUUUCUUGGACCGCAAUGCUUACGGCAUAUUCCCAAAACGGGCAACUCAAGAAAGCUCGUGCACUGUUCGAUGAAAUGCCUGAAAGAAGUGUCGCUUCGUGGAAUGCGAUGCUGACGGCUUAUAUGAGGAAUAGAGUUGAAAUUGAUGGGAUAUUCAGUUUUUUUCAGCUGAUGCCGGAGAGAAAUUCGGUGUCUUUUGCGGCGAUGAUUACGGGGUUUGUUAAUGCAGGGAGGUUUGAUAUGGCGGAGAAUUUGUAUAAUCGGACUCCUAUGGUUUUGCGGGAACCUGUUUGUUCGAAUGUACUGAUAAAUGGGUAUUUGAAAGUUGGAAAGUUAGACGAUGCAGUUCGUGUUUUUGAUGGUAUGGUUCGAAAAGAUAUUGUUUCUUGUAGUGCAAUGAUUGAUGGGAACUGCAAGAAUGGGAGAGUUAUUGAGGCUCGGGAGUUGUUUAAUGCGAUGAAAGAGAAGAAUGGGGUCACUUGGGGUGCUAUGAUUGAUGGGUAUAUGAAAGUUUGCUGUUUCGGAGAUGGGUUUGAAUUGUUUCUAAGAAUGAGAAGGGAAGGUGAUGCGAGACUGGAGCCUACUAUAAUAACAAUCAUUUUAGAAGCUUGUGGAAGAUUUAGUAAGCAUCAGCAAGGUUAUCAAGUCCAUGGACUGGUUACUCGCUUGGGUUUUGAAUUUGAUGUUUUCUUGGGUAAUUCAUUGAUCACUAUGUACUCUAGAUUUGGUUGUGUAGAUGCAGCUAAAUGUGUGUUUGAUUCGAUGUUCAGGAAAGAUGUCAUUUCGUGGAAUUCUCUUAUUACUGCUUUUGUUCAAGCUGGAAAUCUUGAAGAGGGAUAUGAGCUUUUUAAAAGGGCUCCGGAAAAGGAUGUUGUUUCUUGGACAGCCAUGAUCACAGGGUUUUCUGAAAAAGGGUUGACUGAAAAAUGUGUUGAUCUAUUUGCAAUGAUUCCCGAGAAAGAUGAUGUUGCAUGGACAACUCUUAUCUCUAGUUUUGUAAAUAAAGGGGAAUAUGAGGAGGCUUUUCGCUGGUUUAUUAAAAUGCUUCAAAGUGCCGUUAGACCAAAUCCUCUAACUUUAAGUAGUAUACUUAGUGCUUCAGCUGGUCUGGCAAUGUUAAAUCAAGGUCUGCAAAUUCAUGCUUGUGUUAUGAAAAUGAAUAUGGAGUUAGAUUUGUCUAUCCAAAGUUCUCUUAUCUCAAUGUAUUCCAAGUCUGGAAGUUUAGAUGAUGCCUACAGGAUCUUUAAAUUCAUAAAUUUCCCGAAUAUUGUUUGUUUCAAUGCAAUGAUUACUGGAUUUGCCCAAAAUGGCUAUGGCAAAGAAGCACUUAAGUUGUUUGACCAGUUGCGGAAUGAAGGUGAGCAACCUAAUGGUAUCACUUUUCUAGGGGUACUUUCAGCCUGUAUGCAUGCUGGGCUCGUAGAAGAAGGAUGGAACUACUUCAAAUCCAUGAGAUCAUUAUACAACAUUGAACCGGAGCCUGAUCAUUAUACUAGCAUGGUUGAUAUCCUCGGACGAGCUGGUUUACUUGAUGAAGCAGUUGAUCUAAUAAAUUCGAUGCCAUUCAAGACACAUUCUGGUGUUUGGGGUGCUCUUCUAGCUGCCAGCAAGACUCACUUGCGUCUUGAUCUUGCAAAGCUUGCAGCUCAUAGAAUUUUGGACUUGGAACCAAGUAGUGCAGCUCCUUACGUGGUCUUGUCAGACCUGUAUUGCAUUGUCAGAAAGAAGAAAGAUGAGGAACAAGUUAGGCUGGCAAAGAAAUUGAAAAGAAUAAAGAAAUAUCCAGGUUGCAGUUGGGUUUUGUUGAAAAACAACGUUGGUUUAUUUCUCUGCGGAGAUCAGUCCCAUUUGAACUUUAAAGAGAUCAGCUGCACAUUGUGGACAAUUAUGGAUGAAAUGAAACAAUUAAGUUCAUUUGGCAAGUGGAAUUAUGAAAAGAUUGCCAUCCUGACAUCGAAUCAGCGAGAUGAUGAUAUGUCAAUUUUCUCCAUAGUUCAAAAGGUGGUUCAUAGUUAUCAUCACUUGCAUGGUCCUCCUGUUAAUGUUUUACUGCGGAGAUACAGAAUGUACAGCUCGCCCUUCUAUAGAGAGGUGGCCGUUUCUCCCAGAGAGGUAGAGUUAGGAGCUCAACAUUGGAAGAGUGGCCUCACUUAUCUUCGGGAAAUCGAGUUAGCUAUUGUGGCUGUUUAUCACGCAAAGUGUAUUUUGAGGCCAUUUAUUCACUCAAUAGGUUAG